AUGGUUUACAGUACGAUUCCCUACAUGCAUGUUGCAUAUGUCGUACUUGGGUUAUCGUCUUGUUCAACGAACGGACUGCUUGUUUGGAUUAUAUUUCGUAAACGACGUCUUCGCACGAAAAGUAAUAUUAUCAUUGCCAGUCUAUCAAUUAGCGAUUUCUUAUUAGGAGCGACAAUAGCACCUGUAGAAGUAGCCCAUACUCUACAGACAAACUUUACUAUUGUUGGUUAUGGAUGCUUAGCACAUCAGGUCAUGAUGAUAUAUAUACCACUUGUGUCCAUACUUCAUUUGCUGGUAGUUGCAUUGGAACGAUUUGUGAAAAUUGUGUAUCCGCUUCGUUAUGUUAUUAUUAUAACAAGUAAUAAAGUAGCCGGAUUGAUUGUCCUUGCUUGGACUGUUCCACUGCAUCGCUGGUUCAAUAAGUUUGCAUGCGUCGUAAACAGAUAUAUACAAUAUGCUAAGAGCUUCUUUGACAAUCGUAUACAUCAUGUGUUAGUUGAGAGUACAUCAUUAUACGAAACUGAGUUAGUUUGA